GACGUCUCAGCGGUCUCAGUCCUCAGUGCCCGUCCGACUCGCGAUUCGUAUGUACGUUCGGUUCUCGUUUUAUUUUUCUUCUCUCUCGCGCGUGCUUUUGCCGAUUUAAUCGAAGCUAAACGGUCUGAGAGGAGGCAGAGAAGUCGUUAUUCAGGACUCAGAACGCCCUUCUCCCUCCGCCAGACAGUGGCGCUCGCAGUGGUCCUCAGGAUCGGGACGUGGUGCGGUUCGUACGAUUGCCCUUAAAGCCGAUUGACCGAGGGUUGAAUCCGGUGUGAAUCGUAUAUUGUCACAGUGCCGAAAUCGCGGUGAAUAUUCUGCGGAACUUCUGGCGAGACGUGUUUUUCACUCGAGUGAGAAAAGAACUCUAUGUAAAACGAUCCAAUUGAUAAUAGACGAUAACUGAUUCGAAUUAACGACAAUUGAUAAUCGUGCAAGAGUUUAUAUUCUCACGGUAGUGCUGAUUGGCGAUAAGGAAGACGCACGCACUCUCGGAGCGACCUGCCUGCCGACCUGGUGCACCUAAUUCCUAUCGAUUAAGAUUAUGAGUUCCGAGCCGUGGACCUUGCCUCCGAAGCAAGGUCUAUAUGACCCUACCCUCGAACGAGAGGCUUGCGGCGUUGGUUUUAUCGUCGCCAUUGACGGGAAGAGGUCGCACAAGAUCAUUCGAGAUGCUCAGACUUUGUCGGCGCGAAUGAAUCAUAGGGGGGCAUGUGCCUGUGAUAAUGACACUGGUGACGGUGCCGGUGUGCUUUGCGCAAUACCGCACGAUUACUAUGCCAAUGAAAUUCGCGAACAACAAAAUAUCGAACUGCCCGAGUUCGGACGAUAUGCGACCGGUAUCUUAUUCCUUGACAAGAACACCCACAAGGUGGCAGAAGCCGCAUUUGAGAAGCUUGCUAAGGAGUGCAAUUUAAGAGUGCUGUGUUGGCGUAACGUUCCCACCGAUGGCACCCAAAUUGGCCGAGUGGCGAAGAAGUGCGAACCGUACAUGCGUCAAGUGUUCGUUACCGGCGAUCAAGAUGCAGAAACGCUUAAACGACAGAUUUUCGUGCUGAGGAAGAGAUCGUCGCAUACAAUCCCGCGACCAGAAUUGCGGUACUACAUUUGCUCGUUGUCGUUGAAGACGGUCGUCUACAAAGGUCAGCUCACCGCUGACCAGUUAUGGCUGUAUUUCACGGACUUGAAGUCUCCGAAAUUCGAGACCUAUCUGGCACUGGUACACACACGGUUCUCUACAAAUACUUUUCCAAGUUGGGAAAGAGCGCAUCCUUUACGCUUGCUUGCUCAUAACGGCGAAAUUAAUACCCUGCGCGGCAAUGUGAACUUCAUGAAGGCGCGCGAGGGUGUGAUGAGCAGCCAUAUAUACGGCGAUCAGCUGAAACAGUUAUAUCCAGUCGUAGAACCGAAUCUCUCUGACUCUGGAUCGGCGGACUGUGUACUCGAGUUCUUGGUGAUGGCAGGUCAACGCUCCUUGCCUGAGGCUGUCCUGACGAUGGUACCAGAGGCUUGGCAGAACGACUUGACGAUGGCCACUGAAAAGCGGGAAUUCUACCACUGGGCGGCCUGCGCUAUGGAACCCUGGGACGGCCCGGCUCUUCUGACCUUCACCGACGGCCGCUACGUCGGCGCUAUCUUGGACAGAAACGGCCUGCGCCCGUCGCGCUUCUACGUCACUAAGGAUAACAUGAUGGUGAUGGCGUCCGAAGUGGGCGUCUAUGAUACUCCGCCCAGCAAUGUAGUCCUGAAGAGUCGCUUGAAGCCCGGCCGGAUGCUUCUCGUUGACACCGAAGAGAAGAGGAUCAUACAGGAUGUCGAGCUGAAGUUGCAGAUCGCUCGAAACAGGCCUCAUUCCAAGUGGCUCAAGGAACAGAGGAUCACCAUGGAGGAAUUGCGCGCCGCACAUGUUCGCAACAGCAGUGCAGGGGACGUAAUCGAGAACGGUCUAUCCGCCGAGACAGCCACCGCAAAAAAGAACGCUAUCAACGGCGUUAACGAAGUUUCGGCCGUGAAUAAAGUUUGGAGCGGCGACAAACGGCUCUCUCUUUACUGUUAUACUCUGGAGACUAUCAAUUUAUUGCUUCUGCCCAUGGUGCAAACCAAGAAAGAAGCGUUAGGAUCUAUGGGCAAUGACGCUCCCCUGGCGUGCUUGUCUGAAUUCCAACCAUUGAUAUAUGAAUAUUUCAAGCAAUUAUUCGCGCAGGUAACGAAUCCACCGAUCGAUCCAUUCCGCGAAAAGAUCGUAAUGUCCAUGCUUUGCCCAAUCGGACCCGAGAGUAACAUUCUGGAGCCGAACGAGUUGCAAGUACAUCGCCUAUUCCUGCCCCAACCGAUACUGUCUCUGAGUGAUUUUGAGGUCCUCAAGCACACGACCCAUCGUAAUUGGAGAACAAAAGUGAUCGAUAUCACUUACCCUGUUCAAGACGGGCCCGGUGGUUUGCUGAAGACGCUGGAUCGCGUUAACAGUGAGGCUAAUGUGGCCGCUAGGGAAGGUUAUCAGCUCCUCGUACUAUCCGAUCGACAAGGUGGCCCGACAAGAGUUCCGGUAAGCAGCCUGUUAGCUUUGGGCGCUGUUCAUCAUCAUUUAAUCGAAGAGAGACAGCGAAUGAAGGUCGGUCUCAUAUUGGAAACCGCCGAGGCUCGAGAGGUGCAUCAUAUUUGCGUGCUACUUGGUUACGGAGCAGAUGCCAUAUGUCCUUACUUGGUAUUCGAGAUGGCGAAAAAUCUGAGGGCGGAUCACGUUUUCGAUGAAACCUUUACUGAUGAUGUUAUUUUUAAGAAUUACGCAGAAGCUAUGGAACGAGGAAUUGCGAAAGUGAUGGCCAAGAUGGGAAUCUCGACCUUGCAAUCCUACAAAGGAGCGCAGAUAUUUGAAGCAGUUGGAUUGGCCGACGAAGUCAUCGAUAAAUGCUUCAAGGGUACUCAUUCUCGUAUUGGCGGCGUGACAUUCGAUAUUUUGGGCAAGGAGGCGUUCGAGCGGCAUCAAAUAACGUAUUGGGACAAACCAAUGGAUUUGCUGGUCAUUCGCAAUCCAGGAGUUUAUCACUGGCGAGCCGGUGGCGAGAAACAUAUCAAUGAUCCCGCGAGCAUUGCUAGUUUACAGGAAUAUGUUGUCUCCAAAAACAACUCUGCUUAUGAAAAUUAUCGCAAGACCACGAUGGAAGUGGUGAAGGCUUGCACUCUGCGCGGCCAACUCGAACUGAAGAAUUCACGCGAUCCGAUUCCCGUCACGGACGUGGAACCCGCGUCGGAAAUUGUGAAACGUUUCGCGACUGGCGCGAUGAGUUUCGGCAGCAUUUCCUUGGAAGCUCACAGUACUCUGGCAAUCGCCAUGAACCGCAUCGGUGGCAAGUCGAACACCGGCGAAGGUGGUGAAAACGCGGACAGAUACCUAAACCAAGAUCCGGAGUUUAGCCAGCGUUCAUCUAUCAAACAAGUAGCGAGUGGUCGCUUUGGCGUUACUGCCAGUUACCUGGCGAAUGCGGACGACUUGCAGAUCAAGAUGGCACAGGGCGCGAAACCCGGUGAGGGCGGCGAGCUUCCUGGUUAUAAGGUCACCGCGGAGAUUGCUGCCACCAGGCACUCGGUACCUGGGGUCGGUUUGAUCUCGCCGCCACCGCAUCAUGACAUCUAUUCGAUCGAGGAUCUGGCCGAGCUGAUUUACGAUCUCAAGUGCGCCAAUCCAUACGCCCGUAUCUCCGUCAAACUUGUGUCUGAGGUCGGAGUGGGCGUCGUCGCCGCCGGCGUCGCCAAAGGCAAGGCCGAGCACGUAGUGAUAUCCGGCCACGACGGCGGCACCGGCGCCAGCAGUUGGACCGGCAUUAAGUCCGCCGGAUUACCCUGGGAAUUAGGCAUCGCCGAGACGCAUCAGGUGUUGACCCUGAACAAUCUGCGGUCGCGCAUGAUUGUCCAGGCGGACGGCCAGAUGCGCACGGGUUUCGACAUUGUGGUGGCUGCGCUGCUUGGUGCGGAUGAAUUCGGCUUCAGCACCGCCCCGCUAAUCGCAAUGGGCUGCACAAUGAUGAGAAAGUGCCACCUGAACACCUGUCCAGUAGGCAUCGCCACGCAAGAUCCGGUGUUACGAAAGAAAUUCGAAGGCAAGCCGGAACAUGUGAUCAAUUUCUUCUUCGCGUUGGCUGAAGAGGUACGUUCGCAUAUGGCGAACCUGGGCAUCCGCAAGUUCCAGGAUCUAAUCGGACGCACAGACCUCCUUAAAGUACGUGACGACAUCUCUGUUGAAAAAGCCAAGACCCUAAAUCUCAGCAAUGUACUGCGAAACGCGCUGGACUUAAGACCCGGCGUAAAUAUCAAGGGCGGCACCGUAAAACAAGACUUCCAACUGGAGAACAGACUCGACAAUAAACUAAUUGAACUAGCCGAACCUGUUUUAAAUGGAGUACACACUCGAGCUGACAUCGAAAUGAAUAUCAACAACGAAUGUAGGGCAUUCGGAUCGACGCUGAGUUAUCAUGUAGCCAAACGAUUUGGAGAUGACGGAUUGCCCGAGCAUAGCAUCAAUAUCAAGAUGAAAGGCUCUGCGGGUCAGAGUUUCUGCGCUUUCAUGACAAAGGGUAUUCAUGUCACUCUUGAAGGCGAUGCUAACGAUUACGUCGGCAAAGGUCUCUGCGGAGGUGAAAUUGUCAUAUACCCGCCGAAGGACUCCGAGUUCAAUUCGGAGGGAAAUGUGAUCGUCGGGAAUGUCUGCCUUUACGGCGCUACUUCCGGAAAAGCCUACUUCCGCGGCAUCGCUGCCGAAAGAUUCAGUGUGCGUAACAGUGGGGCGGUUGUUGUGGUGGAGGGUGUGGGUGAUCACGGUUGCGAAUACAUGACCGGCGGUUGCGCCUUGAUCCUAGGUCUUACUGGUCGAAAUUUCGCGGCUGGAAUGUCCGGUGGAAUCGCAUACGUCUUGGAUGUCGACGGCUCCUUCAAGAGCAAGUGCAACCCCGAAAUGGUGGAGUUGCUAUCGCUCAACAACCCAGAAGAAAUCGCCUAUGUGAAACAACUACUGGAAGAGUUCAUCGAAAAGACCGGUUCGUUGAUCGCACAAGAUUUACUCGCCACAUGGCCGGAACCCACCACGAGAUUCGUCAAGGUCUUCCCUUACGAGUACCAGCGAGCUCUCAAACAGCUGGAGGAGGCAAAGCAACAAACACCCAACGUAAUUAACGGUAACGCACAGAUAACGAACGGCAAGAUCAAAGAUAUAGAGGAUUCAAUAGAAGACGCAGAUAUGGCACAGCGAAAGUUGGACAAGAUCAAGGGCUUUAUGAAGUACUCAAGGCAGAAGGCCAUGUACAGACCGGUCGAAAAGCGUGUAGAGGACUGGGAUGAGAUAUACAACUUCCAGGGUGUCAGGAAGACUCUGCGAGUACAAGCGGCAAGGUGCAUGGAGUGCGGCGUUCCAUUUUGUCAGAGCAGUCACGGUUGCCCGUUGGGCAACAUCAUUCCUAAGUGGAAUGAUCUCGUAUUCCACAACAACUGGAAGGAGGCCUUAAAUCAAUUGUUGCAAACUAAUAAUUUUCCUGAGUUUACCGGAAGGGUCUGCCCCGCACCUUGCGAGGGUGCAUGCGUCCUAGGAAUCUCCGAACCACCGGUGACAAUCAAGAAUAUCGAGUGCGCCAUAAUCGAUCACGCGUUUGAGCAAGGUUGGAUCGUGCCUCAACUACCGACCAGAAGAACUGGACGAUUAGUAGCUGUAAUCGGAUCCGGUCCCGCGGGACUGGCCGCUGCUCAUCAACUGAACAAAGCGGGUCACACGGUGACCGUGUUCGAAAGAAACGACAGAAUCGGUGGGUUGCUGCAAUACGGUAUACCGACGAUGAAACUGUCCAAACAGGUCGUACAAAGAAGAGUCUCUCUGCUCGCCGCGGAGGGAGUCAUCUUCAAAACGAACGUCGAUGUAGGCAAGGAUAUUACAAUGCAGGAACUUCAAGAACUGUACGACGCGAUAUUGUUGUGUACAGGCGCGACAUGGCCGCGAGAUCUGCCGAUUCCAGGUCGACAGCUGGAGGGAAUUCACUUUGCCGUGAGUUUCCUAGAGCACUGGCAGAAGAAACAAAUGGGUAACACAGCACCCCUAAAUAUGCGACUGAUAGCCAAGGGCAAAGAUGUUGUCAUCAUAGGAGGCGGCGACACCGGAUGCGAUUGUAUAGCAACCUCGCUACGUCAGGGCGCGAAGACGAUAACGACCUUCGAAAUCCUGCCCGAACCGCCAGCCCAGAGGGGCAAGGAUAACCCGUGGCCUCAAUUCCCACGAGUGUUCAAGGUUGAUUACGGUCAUGAGGAGGUAUCCCUGAAAUUUGGCCGAGAUCCGCGUAGAUACAGUACGUUGAGCAAGGAAUUUUUGGACGACGGAAAAGGCCACGUGAGUGGCAUCAGGACGGUAACUGUGGAAUGGCGAAAGGACGAGAAUGGUCGAUGGAAGAUGGAGGAGGUACCAAAUUCAGAGAAGGUGUACAAGUGCGAUCUAGUAUUGCUCGCCAUGGGCUUCCUCGGACCCGAGAAGUACAUCGCCACGGAAGUGAAAGCCGAAUUGGAUGAAAGAGGAAACUAUAAGACUCCGGGCGGGAAAUAUUGUACUAGUUUACCCAAAAUAUAUGCAGCAGGCGAUUGCAGACGUGGACAGUCUCUCGUAGUAUGGGCGAUCGCAGAAGGUAGAUUGGCCGCGAAGGAAGUUGAUUUGGCCUUGAUGGGAGACACCGGCCUUCCCGGAAACGGUGGUAUAAUCAGCGUUAACGCUUAAAGGACCUUCACGAUGGAUGUUGGUCUUCCAAUUUAAACAAGAAAAGAUCCACCGUGCACGCGUACUGCGAGGAAAGAGUCAUAUCGACUAUUAGAAGGCAAGGAGGGAGUUCCUUGGAGAUCCAUGGAUGUGAGCUCCAGGAUCCGAGGAUUCGAAAGUUCCAUGAAUCCAAGGAGAUACAAGCCUAGAAUCGUAGAGUUCAGAAAUCCAAGAGUCCGAAGGAUGUAACGUUCAGGAAUCCGCGGAUUCAAACUUCCAGCAAUCCAAUGAUUUAUAGCUCCUAAGAUGUGGAAGAUCGAAGAAUUCUCUUAGGACUAAACAAAUGACUCUAAAAUUUAAAGAAUUGAACAUCCAAAAACCUUGAGAACCUGAAGACCAGAAAAUUCGUGUAUUCGAAUUUUAUGACAUCUAAGAAUUAGGUCUUAGGAUUCCGAGGGUUCAAAUAAUCAAGAAUCUAACAACGAGAACACUAGAAAAGCAAGUUCCGGCAUUCACAGAUACGAAAAUUGAAGAGUUUAAAGAAUUAAGGAUUUUGAAAUAUGGAAAAAUAAAGGAUUAUAUAAUGACAUAUGUAUCUCAAAAUUGCAAGACUUUAAGAAUCCUUUCAAAAAGUUGUGAAAACUAAUAAUUUGAAGAUACGGAAAUUUUAGCCAAGAAAUUGGAAAAUAUUAUAUUUAACAAUUUUUUUAAUCAUACCUAAGUUAUGAUAAAAAUCUAAUAAUUUCAUGAUUUGCAGAUAUAACAGCUCUAAAAAUUUAACAUCGGUCAAAUAGAAAAUAAGAAAAAUUUUAGAAAUUUUAAAUCACAAAUCUACAAUAAUUGCAGAUUUAGAAAUUCAAAAAUCUGCUAUAUUUACGGCUGUUUACAAACUAAAAAUUGGAGAAAUUAAAGAGCUUGGAAUUCGAGUAUUUGCAAGUCCAAGCGAUUAAAAGCAUUCGAGGAUUUAAGAAUUGAAAGAUUCUCAGACCUCGAACUGAGGAUGUGAUAAUCAAGUGAGAAACGAGAAACAGAGUAAGAGAAUUUUUGUGGCGCGAAUCUCUUCGUAUCAGAGCAACGGCAAAUAAACGUAAUUCCUCCGUAACGUAGUAAACUCGUUCAAGCAUCUCGUUCGUCCAAUUAGAAUUAAUCACACGCGAAAGAAUUAGAGCUUUGAGUAUAGUGAAAGAUACGAGCUGGUAGCAGGAUCUACGUAAAUCCGCAUACGAAUUUAUAUUAGACCGGUAUACUUCAUCAACUAAAAUGUUUUUUUUAACAUGCAACUGCAAAUCUAUUAUUUUAAAAAUAAAAAUUGAAGAGAGAUGUUUUAGUAAAACUUUAUUCAUAAAGUACCUAUAUGAAACGUUGUUCUAGCUUUCCAAAACAAAUACUGAAAAAGCAGAAAUAUUCUCAAUUAUCUAACAUACUGUUUAGAUACUUUAAAUGCAAUUAUAAAUUUAUUCCUUUACAGGAACAAAACGUUCGAUUGUAAUGAUUAACGAAGUUUAUGUGUAAGUACAAAAAGUAUUCGUAUAUCGCCAUUUUUCCUCUGUACGUUUUAAUUAGCAAUUAAGAAUGUAAACACGAAUAGAUCAUAAAGCGUUAUACAAUAAAAUAAUAUUCAUGCAUUA